AUGAGUGCAAUCGCAGAGAGCUCGGACGGUCCUAUUGAGGUGAUCCAAGUUCUCAUUGUCUUGCAUCCUUCCUUUGGAGCUCAAGAGCUCUGCGGUCCUCUUGAGGUUCUUAGCAAUGCCUACCACAAGCUCAACGACCCUGGAUCCAAGGCUUUCGAAUGCACCAUUGCAGCCGCCUCUCCGGGGGUUACAUCAUCUUCAGGUCUUACCGUCAAAGCCGAUAUUAACUUCGAAGACGCUCACGAGGAUCUGAAAGAAUACGACGUCCUGAUCGUUCCAGGCGGUGUAGGCGUAGAUGACGUGCUCAAGAAAGAGGCUGAGCCGAUCAAGCUCAUCCAGGAUUUCGCCAAGCUCCAACAGACCGACCCUAGCAAGGAGCGUACCCUUAUGUCCAUCGGUACUGGCUCUCUCAUCCUCGCCCACGCAGGCCUCCUGCAAGGCCUCGCUGCCACCACUCACCCAGACUACUACACCAAGAUGGAGAUCAUCUGCAAAGAAGCUGCCAGACGUGGAGAUCUUGAGCAAACGGACGUCAUGGAAGAGAACUACGUCGUUAAUAAUGCACGGUUUGAUCUUGGCGAGAAGCUCGAGGAGAACCCGUUUGUGCUUAACAAGAGGCCUGACGGUAGGAGGAAAUCAAUUGCGCGCAAGGGUAGCAAUGCUUGGAAGGAAUCAGUCAAGCGUCGGGAAUCCAAUGCACGGAGGGCGUCGCUAAGGCUAGGGGGCCUGCGAGUUAUCACGAGUGGGGGAGUGACCAGUGGCUUGGAUGCGAGCUUGUAUCUUGUGGCGGCUAUGGUUUCACACGAGUCGGCUCAAGAGGUGGCAAGGGUGUUACAGUAUAGCUGGAACAAGGGUAUCACCGUCGACGGUAUCGACGUUUAG